ACGAUUUGUUUAUUAUAAACAGACAUGAAACUAGGGAUUACUAAUCAUUUAUGUAUUACGCAAUACCAAGUAAAAGUUUUGAGUUAAGAAGGAAGACAAAGUUUUUUUCUUUGUUUAUUUGGUAAACUGAUGCUUCACGGGAAUAUUAAUGUCGUUAAUAGGUGCAGACGACAUAAGCACGAAAUGGUGUGUUGUAUACAAAUAUUCGGAGAAUGGACAGAGGUGGCCAAAAGCAGCACAGUGUUUAGUGAAGUGUGAGCUUCAAUUGAAGAAGAAGAAGAAGAAGAAGAGGGAACUUGAAUGGAAUUUAAUAACUGGAAAUAGCGAUGUCGACUGCUGGCAAAAGUUUUCCAACCAAAUAUUUGACAACAAGAAAAAGCACGCAGAGGUAUCUAUGAUUGAAGACAUUGGUAGUAAAAUAGAAGAAAUAGAAAAUGAAAGAAACACCAGUAUUAGAAAAUGUGAAAUUGAGGUGGCAAUAAAUUACUCACCAUGCAAUGAAUGUUCCGAAAUACUGAUUAGUUUGAAAAAGGGCCUUGAAAAGAAAGGUGUUCGUAUCAGAUUAAAAAUAACAUUUGCUAACUUUUACGGCUGUCAAAGAUCCACGUUGAAAAAAAAUUGUAUACCAGGGCUUGUUAAAUUACUCCAAAAUGACAUAAAACUAAAUGUAUUCAGUACAGAGACUUGGGACUGGCUACUCCACGACGUCCUUUGCCUUAAAAAGUCUCGCAAGUUUCAGUAUUUGCUAGACGACGAUGAUCUCGAUAAAAGAAAAGAAAGAGAAGAAAUUGAUUACCAAAUCUUACGUGGUUUAAAAAAAAUUGCAAACGGUUUCGAUGAGUUCAGUUACUUACUCGACUUCUUCAACAGUGAGCAAAGAAAUGAGUUUUCGGAAAAAUUGAUGAAAAUGGUUAAAUCUAAAGAUUGGAGAGAGGCGAAACAAGGCGCUAAAGAUUUUUUCAGUUACACAGAAAGAUUUAUCGCAAAUAUUGAAGAGUAAAUAAUCCAUGUUAUAUUGUGUUCUGUUCAGUAAAAUUCUUUGUUACUUGUAUUUAUUCAGAACUAGAUUUGUUAAGAGUAAGCAACUGUUGAUAUAUUAAGCAAAAAUGUGAAGGAUGCUAUGGGAAGUAUAACGAAAGCAUGAAACGUAUAGAGUUUAUUUAUAAUACUAGUAAAGGUAAGAUAAAAAACAAGUAAAUGCAUGUAAAAGACUGAUUUUUAAUGAAGAAAUACUCUAAUAUAAGCAACAUAAAUAAUAUCUGAAAUUAAUAAAGAAUAUAGAUCUAAGGAAGGAUUUAGUCAUAUAUAGUCAUACACAGUUAGAGAAGUUUUGCGAGCAGAGAAAUGAAAUUGACAAUUGUAUGUAGCUUGUUUACAGCAAUUAUGUAUAUAAACAACUGUUAAGUUGAAUGUUUGGCUGGUGGCACCAUUCCUAUCUAUGGAUUGCUAUAUAUUUUACUUUUUGAACGGAGAAUAACAAUAUCUAAAAAUGUUUACUUUCACAAUAAGAAAUAUUUUGAUUGAAUGUCGCCGUAUAUUACAAUACAUGCACAACUUUU